ACGCGGCGCCCACCGCAGAGAGCGUAGGCGGCGCCGAGAGCGUCUCUGUUCGUUGAGAGCUGGGAAUGGGCAGAUGGGCAGGUAGGCGGGGGCGCGAGGAGGCUGGAGCUCAUGGGCGGCCGCGGGGAUGCGGUGCUGAAGCCGGCGCUCCGGAAGGCAGAAUGUCACUGGCUGCUUAUUGUGGGAUUUGUUGUCGAAAGAUAGGAACUCUUGGUUCAGCCCAGAAGACUGACCAAUCAUGGAAAGACAUCCGGAAAAUUGCAAAAUUAACUGGCUCACUUAUUCUAGGUGGUUGCAUCUUUGCUAUAUAUGAAGUUCUGGCUUUAAGGAAGUUGUUCUCUUUUGAUACUCAAGUGGUACAGCAAGAAAAACUGAAGUCCUACAUUUAUUUACAAACAGUUUCUUUAGAUCCCAGUGAAUAUCAAGGGAUUACUUACCAAGUGAGAAAAGAACUUCACAGAGCAGCAAGGAAAAUACUAGAAACAAAUGCUAGAAUUUUCCGAAGACCAUUUGAUGAACGCUUCAGUACUUUUGACGCAGAUGAGCAUGAGUGUGCCUUGUGGCUCCUUGUGAAAAGAAGCCAGUCAGAAGAUAAAAUGGUCCGAUUACAAGCUGUGCAGGAAUUAGCCUCCAACUGCUACUGGCAUGAUUAUCAGUAUAGGACAGCUGCCCAAGCAAGUGAUCAGAGAACUGCUGUUGGUUUAGCUCGAAGUAAAGAUGUUGACCUGCGUUUUUUCCUGCUACCCCAUCUUUUACCAAAACAAAAAGAUGCUUGUUAUUCAGAAGAUGAACUUCUGCUGUUGCUGGCAGCUUUACCUCAGACAGAUCUUGACCCAUGUGUACAAUAUUUUACAUCAUUGGCUUUAAGAGAAAGCAGCCAGACCAUCGCUGCACGAAAGGGGGGCUUAUGGUGUUUUGGUGGAAAUGGGCUUCCUUAUUGUGAAAGUCUCAGUACUGUCCCUUCAAAGGCUGUGGAACUCUUCUGCUUACAAGCCUUAGUGCACCAUUCCAAGAUUCCUAGUCAUUGUGAUGAAAUUGAAGCAAGUGGGGGGCUUCAGCUGCUGCAAAAACUAUACCAAAUCCGCAAGGAUUCCCCCAAAAUACAGAGGAGCAUCAUUCACAUAAUUGGGAACAUGGCACUUAAUGAACAGCUUCAUUCAUCUAUAUUUCGUGCAGGUUGGGUUUCUGUACUUGCUCAUAUGAUGAAGUCUCCACGUGUCAUGGAAUCCUCCCAUGCAGCAAGAGCCUUGGCCAACCUAGACAGGGAAACGGUGCAGGAGAAGUAUCCAGAAGGAGUAUAUCUUUUGCACCCACAAUAUCGAACAAAUGAGCCCAUUAAAGCUGAUGUCCUUUUCGUUCAUGGUCUUUUGGGAGCAGCAUUUAAAACAUGGCGGCAACAGGACAUAGAGCAGCCUGCUGCUGAGAAGGAAGUGGAUACGGAAGACGAUUAUACAGAGUGUUGGCCAAAGACAUGGUUGGCAUCUGACUGCCCAUCACUUAGAAUUAUAUCUGUGGAGUAUGAUACACAUCUGAGUGACUGGAGAGCAAAAUGUCCCGUGGACAGCUACAGGGAGUCUCUUUCCUACAAGAGCACUGAGCUUCUCAAGAAACUGCGAGCUGCUGGUGUUGGAGAUAGACCUCUUGUAUGGCUGUCACACAGCAUGGGAGGUCUCCUAGUCAAGAAGAUGCUUCUGGAUGCUUCCAAGGACUCUGAUAUGGAUUCCAUUGUAAACAACACCCAGGGAAUUGUGUUUUAUAGCGUUCCGCAUCACGGCUCUAGGUUGGCUGAAUACUCAAAAACUGUUAGAUUUCUGCUUUUCCCCUCUGUGGGCGUUAAGGAACUCAGCAAAGAUUCUCCUGACCUUAAAGUACUGAACAAUGACUUUCUCUCAUUUGCCAAGGAUAAGAAACUUCCUGUAUUGAGUUUUGCAGAAACAAUGCCAACGCGAGUCAGCAGAGUUCUGAGCCUGCAUGUAGUACCAGUGGAAUCUGCAGAUUUAGGCAUAGGAGAACUCAUUCCCGUAGAUGUCAGCCACUUGAAUAUUUGCAAACCGAAGAACAAGGACUCUUUCCUCUACCAAUGUACACUAAAGUUUAUUCGAGAUUCUUUAGAAAGAAAGGUGGGAAACUGAGGAACUGCGCACCAGAGCUUUGCUUCUUUGAUGUAAUUCCUAACACAUUCUUGGACUGAAACAGGGGCAGAAUUGACAGGUACAGCACAAUGGUUUUUUUGCUGUCAAUUGCUUUUUAACUACUCCUCUAACUGCUGACCUUGGCGUGUAUCUAGGAUAUGAAAGUGCGUAGAUGCACUUCCGUACAUCUCACAGAGAAAAUCCAUGGUUCCCUUUGCCUUUAUCGCUGUAUACUUUACCUGGUGGAAGCAUACGGGAAAAGUCCUGUUUGCUACUUGAGUUGGAAGCACUUCUUGCCUGAGCUUGUAAUGGGUUCUUUACAGUCCAGUAGGAAAUACAUGAAAUGGCCUUUUUACCCGAAAGUGACCCUUCUUCCCUUGAAAGAGAUGACCCUGCUUGCUGCUGCCUGUUAGAGCCCUGCUGUACAGACCCAGGCUGCAUUUUUCAUAGAUUCGUUUUAGCCAGACCCAUGUACUUGCUGGUUUGGGGUUGAGCACAUGCUGAAACAUAAUGUGUGGGUGUACUGUGAGGAGUAAAUGGGCUGACAUAGUACACCGUAAGGACACGCGAUUACCCAUCAGCAACAGAAAUGCCAGUUUUAUGGUAUGAUUUCUUAUUAGACAAAUUGGUGUGAUAAAGAAAGACCUAGUGCUGUCUGUAAAUAAUAGAGAAAAAUGUAUAGUGACAUCUAAACCUGCAAAGCUAGACUGUGCCCUUUGCAUCUGCUUGCCCAGGAGAAGCAAGAAUAUCCCUCAGAGUGUAGAUUUUGUACUGCAUUUGUUUUGGAAGCAGGAGAAACACUUCAGUUGCUGCAAUCCUGUGUUCGCUUAUUUCAGAGAAAGCCCUCUUGAGCUCAGUGGAACUAACUUCCAAUGAAGCAUACACCAGAAUUUCUUUUAAGGACUAGUUCAUUUUAUUAUUCCCAUUGCGAUGGCCUUUUCUCUAGUCAUGUUAAAUCAGAGUGUUGUGGGAAGGAACCAAACUUUUAAAUCAUUGCUUUCUCCUGCAUGAAAGGCUGAAUUAAUGCAGAUAGCUUUCUAAACCUUCACUGUCAUUGUGGUAGCAUAGAAUGUGUUUGCCACAUGCAUUCUAAAACUCAAUGGAGACAAACUUAAGGCCUACAUCAUCUGAACAGCUCAGCCAAUUCUAUACUGUAAUAUUCAGAAUGCCAAGCACUGCAAAAGGGAAGAAUUAUUCCCUUUGAAUAAAUGCCUUUUAAGUAUUUCAGACACAGUUAUUUAACAGUUAUUCCAGUCUAAGAACUGAUGUUUUGAUCAACCCUCAGUGGCCCAAUUCAGACAUGCCAAACCAUGGUUUGAUAGCACUACACAAUAUAGAAAUUUCUAGUGUGGAGAUGUGUUGUUCUAUAGUCCAUCUGCUUAGCAUUUUCAUGUUAGCUGCUCUGGAGGUGAAGUAAAAGCCAUUAUUAUGAAUGGUCUAACCAGAAAGCAUGCCAAACCAUAAUUAGCACAAACCCACUUUAUUGAUUUGCCUGCUCCUAUAACAAACUGUGGUUUGAACAUGGUGGCAAACCUUAUCUAAGCUUCCUUAAACAUGGUUUGACUGAUAUCUGAAUAGAGCCAUUUUGUAUGUAUCAAAAAAAUCUGCCUACAAGGCAGAAUGGGGGAGCUCUUUAUUAGAAACAAGCUACUGUAGUAUUGCCUUGCACAGAAAAUGUUUUAUCUAUAAUGUUGGAGCUGUUUGAAGCAGGCCAUGUUCCCCUUCUCCCCUUAAAUUAAUCACAUGUGGUUUAUACUGUAAAUAUAAUUCGUGUGGUAUCUGUGUUUGGGCAUUUUCAAAUAAAACCAAAACAAUUUUAA